CUGCUAAGUAUAGGGGGUGUAAGUGAAGAGACAAUACAAACAAGAAGGGGGUGACAAUGAAGUUUUAGAAUUUACAGGGGUGUCUCCGAAGAUAUGGUUAAUUAUAGGGGGUGUUGAUGAAAUUUUUUCUAAAAAUAAUUUAAAUACAAUAAAUAUUAGAUAAUAUCUAAUUUUUCUACAUUAUUAAAUUUUUUUAUUUAUUCUACCAAAUAUUUAAAAAAAAAUUCACGUGUAAUGCCGUGUUUAAGGAGCUUUGGGUCAUGCUUAUGCAAAAAUGCAUGAUUAAAAAAAGGUUAAAUGAUAUUAACGAUGACCAUGACAUGGCAUUAUGCAACUGGAAGUUCCACCACUGAGACAGUGGCUGCGGCACAGGUGAAGUAAACCCUAGCAAUGUAUAAAAUGAAACCCUAGGCUUCCAACACAACCUGUCUUUUCUCCCUCCCCCUCUUCUUCCUCUCGGCCGCUUCAGCCUCUCUCUCUCUCAUCUUCAGUCCCCGGUUGCACGCCCGUCUUUUCUGUGUCUCAAGCUGCUGUUGCGAUCUCGCGUCACUACUGCAAACCUGCGUCAUCCAUCGUCCAACUAGAAAUGGAAGAAGGAUGUGGAGGUGUAGUGAGAGAACAUCAACCAAUAUUCAGAGACAUAAGGAGAUAUUACUGCCAGUACUGUGGCCUCUGUCGGUCCAAGAAGUCUGUCCUCACAUCUCACAUCCUCUCACUCCACCAGGACGCAAUAAAUGGGCAAUUGGCUGAAGGAGAUGCGGAAAAGGAGGGGAAGAAAUUGAAUACUUGUGGAGAAUGUGGUGCAAGUUUCCAAAAGCCUGCUCAUUUGAAGCAGCAUAUGCAAAGUCAUUCACUAGAGAGGCCAUUUACUUGUCCAGUAGAUGACUGUCAUUCCAGCUACCGAAGGAAGGACCACCUGACUCGUCACCUUCUUCAACACCAAGGGAAGCUUUUUAAAUGUCCUAUUCAGAACUGUAAUCGAAGAUUUGCUUUCCAAGGUAAUAUGAAGAGGCAUGAGAAGGAAUUUCACAGUGAGGAAUCUGUGUCCAGUGAUGUGGAGGAAGCUCGGAAGCAGUAUGUCUGCCCAGAAAUUGGGUGCGGAAAGGUGUUCAAAUAUUUAUCCAAAUUGAGGAAACACGAAGAUUCUCAUGUUAAAUUGGAUGCAGUGGAGACCUUUUGUUCUGAACCAGGCUGUAUGAAAUAUUUCACAAAUGAACAAUGCCUCAAGGCACAUCUGCAGUCUAGCCAUCAGCAUAUUACCUGUGAGAUAUGCGGGACCAAGCAAUUGAAAAAGAACAUUAAGCGGCAUCUGCGUAAGCAUGAAGCACAGGGUUCAUCAAAGAGAAUAAAAUGUAGCUUCAAGGGUUGCUUGCACACAUUUUCUACUAGAUCAAUCUCAAUCAGCAUGUGAAAGCUGUGCACUUUGAACUAAAACCAUUUGCCUGUAGCAUUCCUGGGUGUGGCUUGAAAUUCCCAUUCAAACACGUGAGAGAUAACCAUGAGAAAUCUGGGUGCCAUGUUUAUACUCAUGGAGAUUUUGAGGAGUCUGAUGUGCUUUUUCGGUCGAGGCCAAGGGGUGGCCGGAAAAGGAAGUGCCCAGCUAUAGAGACACUCACGCGGAAAAGGAUUAUUCCACCAAUGGAAUCAGAUUCUCUUAUUAAUAGAGGACCGGAGUAUUUCUUGUAGUUGCUCUCAGCAGAAAGGUGAGGACCAGCUUUUCUGUUGUGCUCUGUAGAACUGUCGAGCACAAUGUAGAUUGAUGAUGCAUUACAAUAUUGUUGGUAAUGUACUCCCAUUGUUUAUAGGUUAGCUGCAUAGCAUUUAAGGGUUAUGUAUAUUGUAGGUUAGGUCUGCUCAUGCAAUUUCAGCAAAACAUUGUAUCUCAAAAAUAUGCCAUGGUUGAUGUAAGGUCAUAUUUUAAUGAUGUUAUUGAACAUGGGUGACAGUCUGCACUUUGUUUUAUCGAUUGUGUCCGGUCUAUUCUUUUGCAAUGCUCAUG